CUCGGAACUCAACUGGCACUCGCCUACGCCAUCCACAAGAGCUUCAUCUUUCUCCGCGUGCCCCUGACUGCGGCUGUAACGCCAAAGGUGGUCAAGAAGCUAAGAUCGUGGGGUUGGAACAUUGGCAAACGGCGGAGCAUGCCGACGGCCACAACUCCCACACCCAAGGCGUGA